AACAAAAAAAAAAAAAACACUUUGGAUCUGUAAAAGAAGAAAGAAAAAAAACGAAAAAGAAAACACACUCCGUCUCGUCUCGAAAGAAGAGAGAGGGAGAUGAAGAAGCCUGCCGGAACCGAGAAGAAGAGGGUUAAACGAUCAUCCGAUGCUCCACCUAAGAAGAAAGGUGUGACGAAGGAUUUGUUUCAGUUGUUUGCUGAGAAAGUUAGAGACAACAAGGGGUUGGAAUCAAGAUGGGCUGUUAUGGAGCAAGCGCGAGUCGAGUACUUCAGAGGGAAAGAUUUUGUUAGCUUCGUGAAGAAUCACCCCGAGUGUAAAGAGGUUCUUGAAGAAGAUAGUGACCUCGACGCUGAAGAUAUCGCUAAUGUGUUGUUGGGGAAGAACCUUUUGGUUCGAUGUGAUCGUGUUACCAAAACCCUUCGUCCCGGGAAGAAAAAGCUCUCUACUUGGCCUGCUCAUCUUGAGAUCUUCCGUGAUGAUCAAGCUUUCUCUGAAACAGAUGCGUUUUUUGCAUGGACGUUUGAGAAACGGCACCCACUCUGGCAAACACUUUUGUCCUUCUUCUGGCCUGUAUUGACUCUCGCGAUCUGUUUGUUUCCUGUGUACCCACACCGUUGCAAACUCAUUGUUCUCUACUCGUGUGCUGGCAUUCUUUUGAUGAUUCUCUCCUUGCUUUUUGUGAGAGCAGUUGCUUUUGGUGCUAUGUGGAUUCUUUUUGGAAAGCGUGUAUGGUUCUUCCCCAACAUUCUUGCAGAGGAAGCCACAUUGAAGGAACUAUUCCGUUUCUGGCCAAAGAAAGACGAGGAAGAACCUCCCAAGUGGACAUCUCGACUUUUCUACACAGUUGUGGCCGUUGUUGUUGUCAUGCUGCUCAGGCGCCACGCUCCUGAUGAGGCUGCUCGUGCCAGGUACCAAAGAAGGAUGUCAAACAUCAUUGAUGAUGUCCUUGAGUGGUCACCGAAGCUGGCACUCUCUGGUUUAAUGGAGAAUCAGCCACCUGUGAACAUCACAGAGGCGGCUAACAACUCCUCAGAUGCCGCAGGUCCAGACCAUACUGAAGAGGCCGACCUCGACGAAACUCAAGGCGAGGAGGAAGCUGAAGACUUGACCAACUCUGAUAUAAAAACAUAAAAAGAUAUAGAAACGAAAGUUCAUUGCAGCAAUAAGUCAGCCUAUGUGACCAAGAAUAGGCAAGUCCUUAUAAGAAAGAAGAUUUUGUAAUACUCCAUUACUCUCUUUUUUCUUCAUUUUAACACACUAGAAUUUAGUUCUCAAUCACAUAGUUUCGGAUUCAAAACUUCAAGUUUGUUAUUAAA